AUGGCUAGUGAAUUUACUCCUAUUCAUUUUUUCAAGAUUAUACUUGCUGAAAGUCUUGAACAAGGAAAGCUUAUGAUACCAAUUAAGUUUGUCAAGAAAUAUGGACAAUGUUUAGCAACAGCUAUGUGUAUAAGGACUCCCAAUGGUUCUGAUUGGAAAAUAAAUUUGGUUAAAAGUGAUGGCAAGAUAUGGUUUGAAAAGGGUUGGAAAGAAUUCACAGACUAUCAUUCUCUAUCUCAUGGCCAUCUUCUAGUUUUCAAAUAUGAAGGCACUUCUCAUUUUGAGGUAAGAAUAUUUGACAAGAGUGCUUUAGAGAUAAACCAUCCUUUCAAAAGAGCUGAAGUCAACAAGGAAGAAGAUUGUAGAGUAAGUCAAAAGAGAAAAGCUUACUCCUCCUUUGAAAUUGGAACCACUAGUUGUGUUAAAAAACACAAAGGAAAACAAGUGAAUACAACACUUGAAAGAGCAGAAGAGUUCAAAACAUGCAAUCCAUCAUUUGUUGUUGUCAUGGGUGCAUCUUAUGUUGGAAACGGUUUUCUUUUGUCUAUACCUUGUAUGUUUGGCAAGACUCACUUUGAUUUGGACAAGAAGAAAGGGUAUAUUUGUUUCCAGGUAUUAAAUUAUGAAAAAGUUUGGCUUGCAAAGUACCGAAUUAGGAUGAUCGCGACAGGACUAAAAUUUGAACUCACUGGUGGAUGGAGGAAAUUCUCAAAGGACAAUAAUUUGAAAGUUGGAGAUGUUUGCAAGUUUGAGCUCAUUCAUAAAACUAAUAUGACUUUUCAAGUUCACAUCUUUAGAGAAGAUGAAUGA